AUGAAACCUCUAAUAGUUGCGUUACUCGUGCUGGGUGUGGCUGCAGUGUCCCAUGCCAAAGACGACAGCGGAGAUGCGGCCAGGAUCCUCGCCAACUACAGCCUGAAGACGUUCAUCUCCUUCAGCACCUCCGUCACCACAGUGCCCUACACCUGCGCCAGGAAUUUCAACUCGGCGGUGUGUCAAAAGAGGCGCAUGCGUAGGAUUAGGAACCCGAUCGAUCUUGACGCGAAGGAAGUGCAUGCGAGCGUGCCUUUGGAGAGCACUCUCGACGAAACCCUUGAGGAUGACUCGGUUCCCGACGCCAUCCGCAAACAGCGACUCGGCCUCACCAUCUGGCUGACCUCAUCCUCAACCUAUACCAUCACGUCGACCUCCACCAACAGCUCAACGACCUUCUCGCUGUCUUAUUACUGCUCGAUCGUUGGCGCCAACCUCGCUCCUUCGUGUUAGGUUAAGCAGACGGAUGACGAUCAUUUCUUUUUGUUUGUUUUUUCAUGUUGCUGUUUUUCUAUUUGUAUCUCUUUAACUCAGAUAUUUUUAUUCGUUAUAUUUUCUCUUCAUUCUUUUAAUCUAUUUAUUCAUUUUACUCAUUCAUUUCGCUUAUUUAUGAAUUCGCUUCACAUGAAGCAUUCAAUUUGUUUGUUAAUUUGUUUACCUGUUCAUAUUUUUUAUCUAUUCUAAUUUAAAAAGGCAUCGAGGUUUCGGAUGACAAGAUGGCUACGGGUGUGUGAUUACUACACUGUUUUACGAAAUGCAAUAACUCCCAGUAAAAUGUCCAUUGCAGCUUUUCCAACAUUUACUGCUUGUAAUUUUUACUUGCAUUUCUGGCCAGACACUGAACAUCCUGUAUUGA